AGCCAUGUUGGCUCAAGUCACCUGGGCUCACGGAGGAAUCUGUUUGCCAGCCCGCCCGCAGGGUCGGCAGCCAUGGGAGGAAAGAAGAGCUAUCAGAAUUAUGGGAAGACUUUCCGCAAGCCGAAGCGCCCGUUCGAGAAGGAGCGCCUCGACUCCGAGAUGAAGAUCGUGGGCGAGUACGGGCUGAAGAACAAGCGCGAGGUGUGGCGCGUCCAGUACGCCCUGGCCAAGAUCCGCACCGCCGCCCGCCACCUCCUCACGCUGGACGAGAAGAGCGAGCAACGCAUGUUCCAGGGCGAGGCCCUGCUGCGCCGCAUGAUUCGCAUCGGCCUGCUCAUGGAGAGCGAGAAGAAGCUGGAUUACGUGCUCGGCCUCACCAGCGCGAAGAUCAUGGAGCGCCGCCUGCAGACGAAGGUCUUCAAGCUGGGCCUUGCAAAGUCCAUCCACCACGCGAGGGUCCUGAUCCGCCAGCGCCACAUCCGCGUAGGGAAGCAGAUCUGCAACAUCCCCUCGUUCCUGGUGCGCCUGGACAGCGAGAAGCAUAUCGACUUCGCCCUCACCUCCCCGUUCGGUGGCGGCCGCCCAGGUCGUGUGCGGCGCAAGAUGAUGCAGAAGAAGGGCGGCGACAAAGACGGCGACGACGAGGAGGACUGAGCCUCAGUCCGGCCGUCGAGAACCCGCGCGCGACUGGUCCCGGGAGACGAUGGAGGAGGGGGGUGGUGCGAUGCGGGGGAGGAGUAAGGCAAGUAGUCCUCCGCCGCGCCCGACGUCUCAGAGGCCCCGCGCCAGGUGUGGGUGACCGGCCAGGCUCCUCCUCUCAUUUGUUUUCUGACGCUGUGCCUCCUUCUCCGUCUCCUCCUCCAUCACGCGACAGU